AUGUGGUCCUACAGAGCUCAGUUGUAUUUUCAGACAUGUUCGCACAUAGCCAAUAAAGCCACAGAGAUACCUCGUAGCACAGUUUACCGCGGAGCCUCGCAACAAAAAAUAACCUCUAUACCAGACACAAGAUUCAGUAUAAGCUGCUCCUCAGAGCAAGAAUCCUGGUGUGUUGGUUGUGGUGCACUGCCAUCAAUUCCAAAUGGAUACCUCGAACUUAAGGAACAGGGAAACACUAGUUACAAAUCCAAGGCCGCAACCGUCUGUGACGACGGGUAUGAAACCGUCACUGCCGAAGUGACAUGCUUGUCGAAUGCAUCAUGGGAAGGUGUUGUUUGCACUGUGAAAGAUUGUGGUCCUGCACCCUCUAUUUCAUUUGGAGAUGCAAGACUGGUCGAUGCUGGAAACUCGACAUACGGCGCUAAGACAGAGGUUACUUGUUACCCAGGCUAUGAAACAAGCAAAGAAGUCAUCACUUGUAUGGUAUCAGGAGUGUGGGAUAACACAACAUGUUUGCCAAAAGAUUGUGGGUCGAGUAUUUCAUAGCGUUCGGGUCCGCCUCUCUAGAUGAUAUUAA